CGGUGGAGACGCCGAGCGGCCUCGGGGAGGCGGGGGACCUUCUCCCCGCCGUGCGGACCGGCCUUCUUCCCCCGGUCUUGCGGGAAACGCGGGGAGGGCGGUUUCUAGAGCGCUGGAGUCCGCAGUCCGCACCCAGCCCUGCCGUUCCCCGCCUUCCGGACGAGUCCGGCAUCCGUCCGGCGAGUGUUGCACGGCUUACGGCCCAAGUGAGGUUGCUGUUCGUGCACCUGGAAAAGCAGAAUCGAGGAACCCAAAGGGCCCUUCGCUGUCGGUUUCAGUGGCUGUGUGGAGCAGGAUUAUCCACUAUGUGUAACACACCAACUUACUGUGACCUAGGAAAGGCUGCCAAGGAUGUCUUUAACAAAGGAUAUGGAUUUGGCAUGGUCAAAAUAGAUCUGAGAACUAAGUCUUGUAGUGGAGUGAUGGAAUUUUCUACUUCAGGUCAUGCUUAUACUGAUACAGGGAAAGCAUCAGGCAACCUAGAGACCAAAUACAAGGUCUGUAACUAUGGACUUACCUUCACCCAAAAAUGGAAUACAGACAAUACUCUUGGGACAGAAAUCUCUUGGGAGAAUAAGUUGGCUGAAGGGUUGAAACUGACUCUUGAUACCAUAUUUGUACCAAACACAGGAAAGAAGAGCGGGAAAUUAAAGGCCUCCUAUAAUCGGGAUUGUUUCAGUCUUGGCAGUAAUGUUGAUAUAGAUUUUUCUGGACCAACCAUCUAUGGCUGGGCUGUGUUGGCCUUUGAAGGUUGGCUUGCUGGCUAUCAGAUGAGUUUUGACACAGCCAAAUCCAAACUAUCUCAGAAUAAUUUUGCUCUUGGCUAUAAGGCUGCAGACUUCCAACUGCAUACUCAUGUGAACGACGGCACUGAAUUUGGAGGUUCUGUCUACCAGAAAGUCAGUGAGAGGACUGAGACAUCGGUAACCCUCGCGUGGACAGCAGGCAGCAACAACACUCGCUUUGGCAUUGCUGCCAGACACACUCUGGGCUGUGGAACAUCUCUGUCCGCCAAAGUAAAUAAUGCCAGUUUAAUUGGACUGGGAUAUACUCAGACUCUCCGACCAGGAGUCAAAUUGACCCUGUCAGCUUUGAUAGAUGGAAAGAACUUCAGUGCAGGAGGUCACAAGGUUGGCUUGGGUUUUGAACUGGAAGCUUAAUGUGGUUUUGAGUAGAGCAUCAUUUGUUCCUGGAAGUGAAGAAAAAUGAACCCACUAUGUUUUAGCCUUAAAAUUCUGUGAAAUUUCAAAAGUGUGAACUUUUUAUUCUUCCAAAGACUUGUAAUCUCCCCACACUGAAGUUCAUCUUAAGGGAGGUCCUCGAACGCAUGCCAGGAAAUUGUCGUGUUUGUGCCACAUUUCAGUUGAAUUCUGGUGUUAAUUUAAAUAUGUUCCUCAGCAGCAAUGUAGUGUCAUGUUAAAGGAAAUCACCUGACGCCCCAGUUUGUACAUCAUGUCCUGCAUGUCUCACUCCACUUUUUCAUGACCUUUUGUUACAUUGGUCUCUGUGCUGUAGUGGAAUCUUUGGUUUUGCAUCAGAGUAAAAUAAAAUAAACCUAUGACAUUUGGAACAUAA